AUGUCUCUCAUCGCCCGCUCCGCCCUGCGCUCCAUCCCGCGCUCCAUCCCCCUCUCAACGACAUCCCGUUCUGCCUCGACUGUGUCCGCCAAAGCCAUGGAAUCGCUACAUCCCAAGUCGCACGCCAUCUCACAAGCCCAGGGCAUCGCCUCCAACGGCCUCGUCUCAGCAAUUGGCAACACUCCUCUAAUUCGCCUGAACCAUCUCUCGAAGGAGACUGGCUGUGAGAUCCUUGGGAAAGCAGAGUUUCAAAACCCCGGCGGUAGCGUCAAAGAUCGCGCAGCUCUCUAUGUAGUCCAAGAUGCCGAACAACGUGGCCAGCUCAAACCCGGCGGAACUGUCGUCGAAGGCACAGCCGRAAACACUGGAAUUGGUCUCGCACAUGUCUGCCGAUCAAAGGGUUACAAAUUGGUCAUUUACAYGCCCAACACUCAAUCGCAAGGAAAGAUUGAUCUUUUGAGAUUACUGGGAGCAGAAGUCUAUCCCGUCCCUGCAGUCGCCUUUGAUAACCCGGAAAACUACAACCACCAAGCAAAAAGACAUGCGGAAAGAUUAGAGAAUGCAGUAUGGACGAAUCAAUUUGACAACGUUGCAAACCGACAGGCACAUAUCGAAACCACUGGCCCUGAAAUCUGGACGCAAACCGAUGGGAAGAUUGAUGCGUUUACUUGUGCUAGUGGAACCGCAGGUACAAUUGCAGGAUGUACGAGAUAUCUGAAGACGAUCAGCGAAGGGAGAGUGAAGUGCUAUGUCGCUGAUCCUCCUGGAUCCGUCAUUUACACAUAUGUUUCUACCGGACAAAUGCCCGCAGGCAGGACUGGAAGCUCCAUUACGGAAGGUAUCGGCCAAGGGCGCGUGACAGACAACCUGGCGCCUGAUCUUGAACUGCUGGAUGGAGCACUCCAUAUCGCAGACGAGAAGAGUAUAGAGAUGGUGUACAGAUGUUUGGAUGAGGAGGGCUUGUACUUGGGAGCGAGUUCUGCAUUGAACGUUGCUGCUGCGAGGGAUUUGGYCGAGAAGCUGGGUCCUGGCAACACCGUGGUAACGAUUCUCUGUGAUGGCGCGUAUCGGUAUGCGGAUCGCCUGUUCAGUCGAAAAUGGCUAGAGAGUAAGGGUUUGCUGACUGCUGUGCCCGAGAAUUUGCACAAGUAUAUUGUGUUGGAGUAG